UUUUAUGUAAUGGUGAAAGUGGAGGUAGAAUACUGUGGCGUCUGCAACUUCAGGGGACAGUGCCAAUUGCUGCGCGAAUUCUUGCUGGCCUCGUCGUCCGAUUUGGACAUAACAUGCCGCCAAGGACGCCGAGGAGCCUUCGAAGUGACAAUUGAUGGGCAGCUGGUGCAUUCAAAGCUCUCCUGCCUGGCAUUUCCAGAGCAUGCCAGUGUCCUGACCCAAGUUCAAAAGGCCGAACGUGGAGAGCCUGUGGAAAAGGUCCAGGAGCAGCCCAUCAAGGAUUGCAGCGUGAUGUGAUGGGUGGAUAUAUAUUUGUCUUAAACUAAAGAUUCUACCAAAUAUGUAACCCUUAAAUAUAACUGUGAUACGAAACUUCGUGUAGAAAUCAGACUUAUAAAGUUGACUACUCCAAAAAUGA